GGGCUUGGCGAAAAAUUACAAAAAAGCAGGCUGCCUGCAUCGGCUCGGCUUCACUCCGACACCGACGUUCGCGGCGAGAGGUACGAGGUACAGCUCAGUGUGUAGUGUGACCAUGGUGCGCCGCGUCAGUGCAAUGCUCCUUCUGGUGUGCUUCGCGGCCCUCGCGGCCGCCUCCCCGGUGGCCGUGCCGGAGGCUUCUCCGGUGGCGGUGGCGUCGCCGGUCGCCGCCCCCGUGCCCGUGGCCGACCCUCUGCCCGUGGCCGACCCCCAGCCCGUGGCCGACCCCCAGCCCAUCGCCAACCCCGAGCCCCUGCCCAUCAUCGCCGCCGCCGCGCCCGCCGUGCCCGUGGAGGCCGUCAAGCAGGAGCUGGAGGAGGUGGCUAAGGUGCAGGAGGUGCCGGAAGCCGUCAAGCCCCAGGCCCGCUCCCUGCUGGACGACGAGAUCUACAACAACAACGACGUCACUAAGGCUGGAGGCAGGCAGCCCGUGGCCGACACCACCACCGGCGAGGAGGCUCUGCUGAGGAAGCUCAACACCCGCUGCGCGCAGAAGGACGCCUCGUCCUGCGUGCUGCUAAAGAUGGUCACCUACUUCAACCGCCUGCUCAAGAAGUCCUCCAUCGCCAUCGGUGAGACCGUCGAGAUCGAACGCACUUCCGCCGUGACCGUCUCCGCCUCGGAGGAGGAGUCCAGCCGCGCGCUGGAGGGCGACAGUGACGAGGACAAGCUCACCUCCCUCAUGACCGACAAGCUCUUCAACUUCGUGCGCUCCCGCUCCAUGAGGCUCAAGCUCCUCCCCGGCGCUGACCUGCUCGUCACCCCCAACUCCGACAAGACCGGUGCCCUCAACCUGGGCAUGAGCCUGCAGACCUCCAAGGACGAGGGCCGAGGCAACAAGGCCCAGAAGGCCAUCGUCCCCGCCCUGAUCGCCGCCGGCGCCGUCAAGCUGGGCAUGCUCGGCAUCCUGGCCAUGAAGGGUCUGGUCCUGCUGGUGGGCAAGGCCCUCAUCCUCAGCAAGAUCGCCUUCCUGGUGGCCGUCGUCAUCGGCCUCAAGAAGCUCUUCUCGCAGCAGAAGCACGUGACCUACGAGGUGGUGGCCCAGCCCCACCACGGCCACUCCAGCGGCCACCACGACAGCGGCCACGACUCGUACUCGUCCGGCUGGGGCCGCGCGGCGCGCGCCCUGGGCGACCUGCCGCCGCCCCACGGCGACCCGCAGCAGCUGGCGUACCGCGCCCACCACUGAUCCACCGCCCAGCCAGCAGGAGUGGCGCCACUGUAGCGCCGCUGCUUCGCUGUCCGGGACUACACUCGUCAUCGCGGCGCUGUGCCGGCUCGUCGCGCAGACCCAGUCGCACGGCCGCCGCCCAGUCCACGCCCCGCCGCCCCCGGGCAAGCCCUCGGGCCUCCCGGGACGGCGGGCACCUAUUUAUUUUAACUUAUUUAAAAACGCUAUUAAUUUAUUCGGAUGAGAACGGACGCCGCCUAAGUCCGUCGAGAAAGGCGCCGUCCGUGUAGCAUGUAGUACUGAGUAAAAGUACAAACCUGAAUGAGAAGUACUGCACAGGUUUCACUGUGCCAAAUUAAGUUAUUUUGUUUGUCUCUCUCCCGCUGUGUGGAGUGGCCCUUUACUGAGAGGACGACUACCGCUGACCUGAGCUGUUUACCGACUUCUUGUGGACGAGGACCGGACAACCAAUACUGUGAUAAACCCAAACGUUGAUGACAAUACGACGACGUUACUUUACGAAGAUACACACUGUACUCGACGUCCCACGGUACUGUGCAGUGUUAGUGCCAAUCUUGUAAAUAAAACCUCAACACGACGCAAAGACGCAUCCUGCAACACUGUUCAGAAACGACACUGUGCCUUGUAAAUAAACCGAUCUUUUUGUGAGACAGUGA